AUGUAUCUGACCUAACAAACGUUCGAGGCAGGACUACCUUUUACAAUGUCUCGUCCGUAAGAAUAUUAAGAAGUAAUCUAUUUUCAUAAAUUCUUUGGAGAUAUCCUUUGGAAGCAUAGAAUGCAACAAAGCAACAUAAAAACAGUUUAGGGUUUUAUUGAGUCUGUUCAUGGGAGGUAAUGAAAAGUACAGCAUUCUUCACCCCUCUUUAGCACCGGUUAAAGCGGAAUAUUAUUUAAGUAAAAGGGAAUUUAUUCAGAGAUCCCAGUAAUACCACUGCGUCCAAGUAGGUUGAGACUUUUUAAGACGUCACAAGGUAUAUAAUGACUGCUAAUGUGAUAGUUGAUAAAAUCUUUUGAAAGGUGCUUUGGAAAAAUAAUUCUGUAUGAAGAUCCCUUAGAAGCAUUAAAGGCAACUAAGCACUAAGCAACAUAACAGCAGACUCGGUAUUAUUGAGUCUUUUUAUGAGAGUUUAAAUGUUUAUAUGUUUAACAUUGCUCACGCCCCUGAAGCACCGACAGAAACAAAAUUCUAUUAUAAUAGUAACAAUGAGUGUGCUCCAUGAUAUAUAUUUUUAAAAACCGAGUCUAAGUACGGCAAUACUUUUACAAUGCCACACGGCACUUAAUGACUGUAGUUUUGAUAGUUAAUAAAAUAUGUGGAAAGAUUUCUUGGAAGUAUGGAACGCAAUGAAGCGACAUAAUAGCAGACUAGGUAUAUUUGAAUCUAUUUAUGAGAGGUAACGAAAUGUGCAACACCCUUCACGCUCCGUGUCACCGGCUUAAGCGGAACUCUAUAAUAGUAAAAUUGAAUGUAAUCCAUGAUCCAAAACGUCCAAAAAAUAAAAUUAUAGCAACACUGUUUGCUUGCUUCUAUCUAGGUUUCUGUCCGUGCCUAAAAUGAUGCCCAGACACCCGAAAUCAAUGACAUCUCGCAAGUUACUAUAAAAUAUAUUCAUGUGUAGAUGUGACGUUAAAACUAACACUAAAAGGAAACAAAACAAAAAUAAAACGAGGUAAAAUUAGUCCUUACAGAAAUUCUAAGGUAUGAAGGAUAUAGAACUCAGAUGGACUUGGAUGUUUGUUUUCAUUCAUAUAGUAACGGCUAUAUGACACUGAUCAUUUGGCAAAUUCGUUUAGCUUUUGCGGCGUACGCUGUUUCGCCGCGGGCAACCGGCUAGGCAAUCUUUUGACUUCACGGCAUUGCCCGGUCUAUCCGGCGAACGUGCGCCGGUCUUGCGGCAAAUAAGGUAUUUUCGCGAUAUAAAAAGGUAGAAAUAUACCGCAAGAAAUAUUUUGCUAACUUAUUUUGAACUGACCUCAAUAGAAAAUCAUAACAUAGAUAACUUUUUUAUUAUUAUAUUUUGCAGUUCACGCCGAGGCGUUCUUUAUGAUCAAUAGACCGGCGAGAAUUUUUUUCUUGCCGCUCACGUGACCGGUAUGUCCCAGGUUGCGUGAAAUGAAUUGGUCCAUUUUUCGAUUUGCAAUCCAAUGAACUAUUGUAGACAUUUCAAUAUUUUGUAGACUCUGGUUGCAAACAUAUGUCACUAUAUCUUUAAGAAACUAACAUUGCAAACACGUCUAUGGUAUGACGCAGCCAGGUAUAUUUCAUAUUCUACUCUAAAAAUGCAUUAUUGCGUUGUUUAAAAUUCAACAAUUUGUUUAAACUUUAAAUAUCUUCCUUAUUACCCGCUUAAAAUAACAAUAUAGCCAUAAUGAAGACAAUAAAAAGUAAACUUCCUGAUUAUGAGACGAAAUUGUAAAAUCAUCUGGCGGAUAUUUAUAUAUUUUGAUUGGAAUUUACAUAUCAUUACAAAAAGCAGAAACUUCAGUAUCAAAGAAUACAACAACACCCACAGUUAUACAGUUUUUCUGUUAUAACAAGAAUUAAGACCGCAAUGAAUACAACGACAGAAAUGGGCAACUUUACGACUAGUUCCACUGAACAUUUAAAUAUGACGAAUGAUGUGUCACAAGAAUCCAUAUCAAACGAACCUUACGAAAAUACAACAAGUGAAGAUUGCGACGUCUUUUCACACCAGAAGUUAGAUACAACCACCGUUCAGAGUAUUGCGGUUCUAGCUACUACCAUAGCCUUAGUGGAAUUUGUGAUUAUAAUGGUACUUCUUAGAAGAUUUUGGCAUUCAAAAUGUAAUUUAAAAGGAGUCCACAUACUUGAAAAACAAGAAGAAUGUUGCGAGCUUGGGAUUGUCAACAAAGUUUACAAAUAUAGUUAUCACAAUGAACAUGAUGCUGUUACAGAGAAAAAGACAUCAUCACUACUAGAAACGAAAACAAAUGACAAUACUGGCAAGACUGGAUGUAACAAAACACAACGGAGAGACCCAGGCUAUAUAGAUAUUGACUUGACUGCAGAUAUACCAAUAGAGUCUGAAAAUGUCGGCCAUCAUACAAAUAUGAAAGAAACAGAAUUUUUUGAUAAAACAUAUUCCCAUAUUGAAGCGAGUCCUAUGUUUUCACUUGCGACAGAUGGUUCUUCAUACAGUCAUAUCAAGCGAAACAAUGAUGACAAUACACAGGACCAAACUGACACAAAUAGGUGCACAAUUAUAAAAGGACAAAAGUCCUAUAUUCGUACCGACGAUGAUACGGAAUAUGACCAUGCAGUUUACAGAAAAGGCCAUCAGUCCAUUGCAGAUAAUAAAACCUAUUCUCGUAUCAGCUGCGUUGUUCCAAGACAGAACCCGUCUUUUAGAGUGAAACAGACGUCAGUUGAUGUCACAGCCGAAAAACCUUACAACUGGUACGAUGAUACUGUUAUACAGGAAGCAGAAAACUGUAGCACAGGAUUAUCUGAAAAAUAUUGUGAAAAAUCUGAUGAAAGCGAGAGAAUAAAGCUUGAAGAAAACUCAAUUUGCAAAAAUGAGCAAACUUCUUAUCACAAAUAUAAAUAUAGCGUAGUAAAGAAACAAGACAUACGAGUAAGACAACAGCCGAAGUCUUCAUCAGUUAAACGAAAAGAAACAGAUGGCUCGUCCAAACAUUUGAAGCAUAGAGAGUAUACUGAAGUCAAAAUACAAAGUAAGGAUCUUGCGGCUACCGAAAGCACGAGUAGCAUUACUGAUUUGAACAUUCAACAACCUUUAAAACACAUUGUAGUAAUGAACGAUAGUACAAAUGAAACUCAUCAAUUACCAGAGUCUGCCAUUGACAGCACAGGAAAAGCACUUCCGCAAAUUCAGUUAACUAACGAGUCGUCAGUACUGAAAACGGAGGAAAGUUGUGCAAAUAGUAAUAAAAGCAAGAUUUCUGAAAUCUCGGGUGGCACAAAAGGAAAUGCAACUGGCCCUCACUAUAAAUACAGCAAAGUGAGAAAGAAAAGCACAAUUUUAAUAAACCAAAGAAUUUCAACAACUGACUGUUCAGAUAAAGUUACAGUACAAAAGCCGUUAGGUAAAACAUCUUUGUCAUUAAAUUCUGAAAACAAGAUUGUCAUAACGGAAGCGAGAAAAACUGUUGAAGUUCCAGAUGAUGUCGACACAGAAACAUCUGAUCAUGCUGCUGGUGACAAAGACUUUCUUAUUGACCCAGAGGAUCAAAGUCAUGAAUAUAUUAAUAUCAUGAAGGUUUAAGUUUUAUAGCAGCAAUACUUAUCAUGGAAACAUUAGUUAAAAGAACUCCUUAAACCCAAUAAUUUCAAUUUACUUACAACCGUAUUAAAACUCACAAUUGUUUGCUUAUUUGUAAUUGGUGUAGAAUGAAUAGAAGUGGAAACAUCAACUACAAAGAGGCUUUCAUCGGAAAAUCUCAUUGGCUAAAUGAUAUAAAUCUAACAGGUUUAGUUGGCCAGGUUUGAAGUUAUAACAUUGGUCUGUGUGAAUAACCCUCGUAUAUUGCAUCUUCCAGUGUUCAGAGCAUAUGGAAGCAGCCGAAACAGCCAGCUGGGGUUCUUUUUGUAGACACUGGACUGAAUUUAACUUGAAUCUGCUUUAAAUUUUCAAGUGCAUUAGGGUAGAUAUACUUACCAGCGCUGUAGAGAUGUAGGUUUAUGAUGGUCGAUUCAGCUAUAUUGAAAUAGACGAACGUUUUAGCAGUCAAUUGAAAAAAAGGAUUAUUCUUACAUACAGUUUUCAAAACCUUUCUUUGUGAUAAUGAGAUUAUAACCGUUCUUUUAUUUGUUAUAUGUUUCUUGCUCACCACGAAUCAUUAUGUGUAACCUUAUCAUGGUAUCUCAUAAAAUUCAUGUUAUGAUCAUUUGUCUCUGUUAGUUUUGAUACACACUAUGUGACAAAAUUACUAUAGCUUUAAGCCAUUUGAUAGCUGGCCUUUCUUUCGGUACUGUGGACAAUAAUAUAACAAUUCCUUACGGAUUUAGGUGCAGUUUGAGGUUAACAUCCUAGAUUGUGCAGAGUUACCGUAAAAACAAAUACCCGAGAACCGGAUAUUUCCAUUUGCAUAGAUAUAAAUGACUUUUUCUGUUUGUGUGCAUUAAGAACGAUUUCAUUCGUAAUGGAUGUAUAUGUGCUCAUUUUUAGCGACAUAGAUAUUUAAAACAUACAUGUAUAUUCUGCAAAACUAUCUUCAAUAGAUCCUGAGUAAUGCAAAUAGGACUGUUCUACACGGAAACCCAAAAUACAAAUGAUGUGGCAGCAAAUGAUAUGUCUUUUGUACAUUUAGAAACGAUACCAAUCGAAUGCUGAAAUAUCCGUCGAUAGUUAGAGAGAGAUAUCAUCACAAGCAUUUAAUUGCACCAUCUAUUCGAAUUGUAUUCUCACAAAUCUUGAGAACCUGGCAACCAAAACGAAGUCUGUUUUGUUGCAAAUGUCCUGUUUAAACGUUACGGUAUGUAUGUGAGCAGCAUCAAAGUUAAUAAACGCUUUCAAACUUUAGAGCAGUCAUUGUCUUUUUUUGGUAAGCAUACCUUUAAACGGUUGAUGAUAGUGUACAAAUUGAAAGAUGAACAAGUUCAUGAUAGAAAUUUAGCCGGGUUAGGGUUAUGUAGAAGUAAUAGCGUUACUUUCUAAACGAUAUUAUCAUUUGAUUCCAAGAAUCGAUUGCACAAACCAGUUUCAAUAUUCUAAAGAAAUAAUUAGAUAAAUAUACAGAAACAAAACACUAACCCGCCGUUUGCUUUUUUGCAAAUAGUUUAAAAAUCACUGUGUGUUCGGAUUUAACGUCCUUUCUUCGACAAUUUUUCAGUCAUAUAAACGAUGGUGUCUUGUAGCAGUGAGCGCAAUGCCCAACUUUAUAGUGCUGCCUCUCUGGAAUAUCACACCGUAGACACGUGGCAUGAUACCCGACCCAGUCACAUUAUGCUGACAUCGGGCUGACCAGUCCUAGCUAUCCUCUUAAUGUUAAGCGCCAAGCGAGGAAGCUACUAGUAAUUUUUUUACGACUUUGGUAAGUAUUAACAUAUCAAAAUAUUAGGAGUAUUGAAUUACGCAAAAAUAUAUAUAUUAUUCAUUUUACUACCAAAGUCUGAUAUUGAAAAGUCACAAAAAUACACAUGAAAG